AUGGGCACCGGCCAAGGACCCCCGAAGCAACAACAGCACAGUUAUGCGCCUUACUCACCACCGCCGCAACCUCAAUACUACGUCCAACCACCACCACCACAAAAGCCGCAAUCGCCGUCACAGCAGCAGCAGUAUCAACAACCACACUACGCGGCAUACUCACCACCGCAACAAGCGCAGUACUUCUUCCCGCCGCAACAACCGCAAUAUGCCCCCGCCGCCCCGAAACCCACGUCCCCAGCGCCCCAGCAGCAGUUCCUCGCCGAGUUGGAGGCCCCGCAAGCCCCGAAACCGAGACCGACGUCAUCGUCAUCCGCCACCCAGAAUGGAGGAGCAGCAGCGCUCCCCGUAUUCGAAAUGUCCGCUGAGGCCGUUGCCCCUGCGAGGCCCCAGUCUGCGAGGCCCCAGUCUGCGAGGCCCCAGUCUGCGAGGCCCCAGUCUGCGAGGCCCCAGUCUGCGAGGCCAUCGUCGCCCGCUGCCGGGGCUGCGAGCACGUCGCCAAGCGUGAGCGUGAGCGACGCGCAGCAGAAGCCGCUUCCGCAGGCGAAUCCGUGGGGCUUCUUCCUAGAAGACGACCCCCUUCCCCCUACCGCCUCGACACCACCACCGCCAGGUCCCGGCAAAGAAGGACACGAGGACGAAAUGCUCUCUGUGAAGCCGUUGAGAAUCGUCAAGACUGGGCCCGGCUCAGCUCAGCCCUCGCCGGAGCAGAAAGCGACAGAGGGCUCGCCAGGGGGCACACCGCCGGCCGGCACCGUGCUCUCGGAGCCGCCUCCACCACCCUUGGACCAACAACAGGGUGCGCACGAAGGCGAUGACGACUCGGACCAGCUGGCCCCGGCGCCGUUGAAUAUCUCUCGGCCCCAGCCGCCAACCGGGCCCCCGCCCCCGGUCCCGGUAUCUACCGCAACCUCCCCCGUGCUGAUACCGCCGGCCGGCACAUACCCAAUCCCACCGGCCGGUACUUACCCGCCCCAUAGCCCGAUCAGCCCAGGUCGGCACCCAUCCCCGGGCGGUGGUGCUCAGACGACGCUGCCGCUCCACCCCCGCCCGUCGAGCACCUCUCCUCGCAGGCCACUCUCGGCAACGACGCCCUCGACUGCGGUCGUCACGCCCCUUUUCCCCAUUCACACGGGAGCUACUACCGCCCCGUCGCCACAGCAAACCCCAUACGCCGCCGUCAUCUCACCACCCACGGGAUACUCGCAGGCUCCCCCGCAGCAAGUCUACACCUCCGCCGCGCCCGUGAGCCCCGUCCUGGUCCAGGCCGCGCUGCCACCCACACUCCCCUUGGGCUCCUAUUUCCCCCAGCAGCCGUCUUACGCCCGCCCAAGCACUGCUUCGUCCGCAACACACAGCCCGGCAGUGUCCACAGCCCAAGAACCCCAGCAAUCCGCCUACGCCUCGCCGCCCCCCUCCUACGACCAGGCAAUCUCCUCCCUCCCACGCCCGGCAAACGCCUCCUCCUCCCCGGCCUCGUCCCACGCAACAUUAACGGGGCCACUCUCGCCGAACCCAACAGGCUCCUCUUCCUCCUCAUACCCCUAUUCUCCCGCAGACAUCGGCGUCCAAAACCAGAACCAAAACCAAAACCACCCGCCGCCGCAACAAUACCCCUACAGCCCGCAACCCCCCGUCCCCCAGCCGUCCUAUGUCAAUGGGCCUCAAAGCUACACAACCCCGCCUCCCCUCCCGCCGCGGACCUCGACCCCGACACAGCAAGGCUUCACCAACAACACACCGCAGAACCCGUACGGCCCGCCCCCGCCCCGGCCCGCCAACUACCACCCCGCGCCGCCCGCCAAGCCCCCCUCGGGCAACAUCUUCAGCAGCACCACCGUCCGCAACCUGCUCAACAAGACAACCGACUUCGUCGACCAGACCAUCGCGCCGUACCUGCAGGAGCACCGCUACCGCCCGCCCUACUUCACCCAGUACCCGCCGCAGGGCUACCACCCGCACCAGCAGCAGGGGUACCAGUACGGCAACGGCUACGGCUACGGCCGCGGCUGUCCGUCCGGUAGGCCGCUCCAGCCGGGGCAGUACGGCUACUCGCAGGCGCAGUCGCCGCCGCAGGGCUACACCCCCCCUUCACAACGUACGUGA